AGUAUAAUCAUGGGAGGAGCACGAGCUGAAGACUAGCAAAAUCCGGAGCCAGGUUGCUGUUGUUCCCCAUGGUACAUCAAAGGAAUACACUGACGAGGGUUCUCCAAACCAACCAUAACUGGGAGGAGGACAGGGACGAGAGUCAAUCAAACCGGUUAUGAAACAGAAAGCGGGCGCGGACUCGAUUCCCCGCCAGAACACCAAGUCGCCAGACUCGCCUUUUAGGACGCCGCCUCUGCCCUGCCCUGGCUCGCCCUUCUCACCUCCUGCUCGCCCCGCUGUCCCUCGUCUCGACCUGCCUCUGCCAAGUCGCCCGACCCUGCCACCGGGUUACCUUUGCCGGCUUCGCUUCAAAGCAUGACUCCGCGCCGAGUCCUCUCUCCAACACCUGAGUCGCCUCCGCCUCCGUGGAGCCGCAGUCCUGGUGUUGAACCGCCGCCAGAUCAAGUCGACCUGGCCUUGCUGCAGCCCCUACGGUCGUCCGAGUUAUAAUUGCCAAGUGCCCGCCUCGGUUUGAGUCACCACUUGGUCAGCAGAGGCCUGACCCGCCGAGCCUUUCUGCUUUUGCGCCGAUUCAGCGCUGGUACAAGCCAGCCCUGUUACAAACUUCCACCGCUGCAGCUUCGGGCCGGCCAUACCUCUGUUGCCGCCCGCGUGACUCAAGGCGCCUCUACUUCCAAGCCCCCGGCUGCGCCCUUCCGUCGGUUGGAGAUGGCCAAGACUUGCUUCAAGACCGAGCACCCCCUGGAAAGGAGGCAAGCUGAAUCUGCUAGGAUCCGUGAGAAGUACGCUGACAGAAUUCCGGUGAUCGUUGAGAAGGCUGAUAAGUCUGAUCUCCCGAAAAUUGAUAAGAGGUACCUUGUCCCUAACGAGAUGCUAAACCCGCCAGUCCGCGACCCAUCUCGCCUCAACGAGCGUAGUUCUACUAUGGCUGGCGCACCGUUCUGCUGUUGCGGCCUCAAGCCGGCGCCCCCGAGCUUCCUCCUCUGCCAUGGCUCUUCGCGGCUGCCACACAAACACGGCAUGUCACCGCGGCCUACUUCAACUCGCCCGCUUUCUCCCGUGCGCCCGUGUCACUGCCUCUGCUAUCCCAUGGCUGCGCACUGCCCCGAGCCUCGCCAUGGCCGUGCGUCUCCUCCACUGGCAGGCCCGCCACCAAGCACCUCCUCUGCAUGGCUCGUGCGCCUCUGUCUCGGCCACCGGCCGCAGCCGUGCCUCGCCUACCGCGCUUCUCCGCGGCAUCGGCUCCCCGGUCGUCCAGCGCCCGCCUGUCGGCGGCUGACCCCUCUGGUGCUACUCUAGGGCGCACAGCCCUCUUCCGACGUCCUGCGAUGGAGCCACCCGUAGCUCCCUACUCCUUGCUGCUUUCCACCAACUGCGCCGCAUCGCUCGUGCUCCCCUCCUCGUCACGCCGGGCCGCCUCCGCCCGUAGGACGACGUCCACUCCGCGCGUUCAGGCUGCCUGUUGGCUCCGCUCACCGUGCCUGCUUGGCUGGCUUCCGCCUCCCGUCAGCUCGUCCCUGCCCUGUCCGGCCUCCAGCGACCCGACUGCGCCCGCUCGACGGCUCUUCCCGUCCGGCGUCCUGCAUCCCAGCCACGCUGCUGCGUUG